GUUAAUUAGACGAUAAAAAGUCAGUUAAAGCUGAGUUUCUCCGCACAUAAAUCCUAAUGAAAUGAGUUCUCGGCAUGCAGUGAGCCAGGUGAUAGUGGGAUAGGCUCUUAAAUGUCUGCUUUUAGCUGCUAUAUAUAUAUUUUUUUGCUUGAACUGGACGUAGUUUCUCUGUGAAACCAGAGCUGGUCUCCGUUUAUCUGAGGAGCAAAGUAGAGUCUGGUGUGGAGCCAGGAUCCAGCAGCAGAGCGCGCACACACUUCAUCUGUCUGGACUUCCCACUCGUGUCAAGAGCUCUGGCCAGUAGUUUUAUGUCGACACUUUUUUUUUUUUUUUUUAUCAGUGCCUCGGUUUGAUUUAGACUCGGUGCAUCUGAGUGUUUCCUGCGCGUAGAAACGCCUCCCGUCGGAUUUUACGCACGCGUCGCAUCAGAAAAACAAACGGAAAGCUUUCUGGUUGCCAUUUUCCACGUCUCCAACGGAAAGCGGCAGGUGUAAAACGUCUAUGUUGGUAGUAAUUCUUAAAUUGGAGGGUUUUCUUUUUUUUUAACUCCUGGCGAUGCAGUGGACGCGUAGUGCCAAAAUGUUUCCGCAGUUCCUCUGGCGGUGGCGCGCCUGUGCCUCGGAUUCAGCGCCAGGAUUGCGCACUCGUGUUCCUGUGCCUCUGCCUUCAGAGCGCGUCCAGCAGCUCAGUGGAUUAUAAAAGAGGAAAGAAAUCUGCCUCGUUAACAUCCCGUCACUUGUGUUCUGAUAAUCUACUUCAAUAGAAAAGGCGGUGAAUGUUGUAAAGUGUGUUUUUUUUUCACUGUGGAUGCGCUAUUUGGCGAAAACGCGAGUGAUGCCGCAUCGGUUCCACGUCCUGCUGCUGCUGCUGCUGCUGCUGCUGCUCCCGGACCGGACGGACGAGGCGAACCGGGUGCGUAAGAAAGCCAACAGGACCCGGUCGUGUCUGGACCUGCCGGAGGAGAUCCUGGAGCAGAUGUUCGGGCGGCUCUCGGUGGGAGUGAUGAGCGCUUUCCAUCACGCGCUGGAGCUGGAGCCGCAGGUCAAUCUCAACCUGACCUGCCCGAGCACCGCGCGACCCCCGACCGACGGCAAGACCCGCCUCCCGAUCAACCUGCUCAGCAUCUCCCCCUGGGCCUACAGGAUCUCGUACGACCCGUCCAGGUAUCCCCGUUACAUCCCCGAGGCUUACUGCCUGUGUAAAGGCUGCCUCCUGGGCUCGUACGGCGAGGAAAGCGCCCGGUACCGCAGCACUCCGGUCUACGCUCCCUCCGUCAUCCUGAGGCGAACGGGCUUCUGCUUGGGCGGCCGCCACUCCUACACCGAGAUCUACGUGUCCGUCGCCGUGGGCUGCACCUGCGUCCCGCGGCUGGAGAAGGACCGGGACGGACUGAGAGGAAACCAGAGCCUGAAGAGGAGGGAGCCCAAGGCCCGGAGGCCCUUUAACGCAGCCAAGAAAACCUAAAAGACGCAGGACUGUGACGCUCCAGAUAAGUCUUUAUACACCUGGUCCACAUUUUUAGAAAUAUAUUUUAAGGCUCAAAUUAAAAAGUCCAAGGCAGAUUAAGUAGAAACCUCCUACCUACUAUUUAUAAACAUUAAGCUAUAACUUAUCCCUUUACUAAAACAUGUUGGAUUCAUGUUAAUGUGUAUUUAAAGAAAAAUGUAUAUAAAAAUGUCUGAUCAACCAAAGAUUUUGCGACCCUCCUGCAGUACCUCCACGGACCCUCUAGGGGUCGCGGACCCCCUGAAGAAGGAAGAAGUAGUUUUUACUUCCCUGUGUUUGAAACCAUUUCAUUAUGAACCAUCUUAAUGUCGGCUUUUUAUAUCUUUUUUUGAGCUAGUGGAGCCUUGGACUUUUCUUUUGAGCUGUGAUAUUUAAGUCCCUUCACAAAGAGCAGCCUCGUUUAUAAGCAUAAAAAACACUUCCUGAGCACCUGGACCCGGUUUGUUCGUGUUUUUUAAGGGAUUUUAUCUGAUACAUAAACUCACGGAGCUGAACUUUACUGAAAACACGCUGAAUAAUUAGACGAAGAGACUGAUUCAGGAGGACUGUUCAUUGACUGUACAUUGACUGAUCAUUGACUGUUCAUUGACUGUUCAUUGACUGAUCAAGUUAAGUUGGGUUUGGUUCUGAUUCCCUCUACAACAGACUGGAUUUUGCUCACAUUGUGAUGGAUGGACUGAAGAGAAUAAGCCUUAAAAUCUACAUUAAACAAAACUCUGACGCACUUCUGAAGGUUUGUUUAAGCCAAAAGUACUUUACUUUUGUAUUUAGCCAUAGAUUCUUAUUCCUAUUAUUCUCCCUGUGCUGUAUUUCUGCUACUGAUAGAAAUACACGUGUAUUUUUCAUUUGUGUGUUAAACCAAACUCUAGAAAAUGAAUCCAAACGACAGAAUAAACAACUCCAGCUCUGUUCUCUGAUGGAUCGGUUCACAUUAAAGGUCCCGUUUGGUUUUA